CAAACCCACAGGAUCCAACGAUUGCCGGGCGGUCUCCGCCGUGUCUUUCUCUCAUGGCCGGCUGCGAGAGCGAGGCCAGCGAGGCGCAGCCAUCAAGAGAUGAGAGGGAAGCAGAAUCGUUGCAUUUGCGUUUGCAAAUCGACAACGGAUCAGGUGUCCAACGAGCUGAUGUUCACUUGCCCCGCACUGCUCAAGUGGUAGAGCUGAAGGAGCGCGAACAUCUGGGUGUGGACGUCUCCAGCGGAUGGCGAGUCCGCUUUGUUUUUCGUGGACGUCUUCUGAGCGAAAGCGAGCCAUUGUCACAACUGCCUAGUGGGGCUUGCGUACAAUGCUAUCUACAACCACUGCCUGUGGAGCAUGUAGAGGCAGAUCCUGAUCCGCUUCUUUUGUCUUGGGCAAGAUUGGCUGGAGUUGGACGUGCGCUCCCGCCAGAGAAGUGGCAGGAUGUGGUUUUCCAUUCGGCCAUCAUUGUCGGCUUAGCCGCAGCCUGGUCCCUUUACUUGGCCUCUCCGAAUGCCUUCGACCUCUUCAGUCGCUCCUUCCUUCGCUUCCUCUCGGCAGCUUGGGUCCUGGCGUUCAUCGGAGAUUUCGUGAUUACUCCAGGACUUCCUGCCCCACUGAGACGGCGCCCUUGGCAGACUCGUACACCGAGACGGGCUCCCUGAAUAAGGGAGCGGUGUCUCACGACACAAUUGCUGGGGGGGAGACUCGC